GGGUUAAACGGAGCUGAUUUCUCCUUGUUUUUCUCUGGACCUGAAGAGAAGAAUCCAGUUCGAAAUCCCUCCUACAUUUGCAAGGCAGGUAAGAAACAGAACAAGCAGUGUUCAAAGGAGCCCUCUCUUCUGUCACUGAAAGGAACCAAGUGUGAAUAAUAAUAAUAAUAAUAGCAAUAACAUUUGAACGGCAGAGCUGGCAUCGGACCCCUUUGUAAAAUGAGUCUAGUUCCUCUCAAAGAGGCACAUUGGAGAAUCAAACCCAACUUCUGAUUUCACAGCCGGAGACGUAUACCACUCAGGUCCCAGCACUCUAGUGAAACUUUAAAAGGAAAAAAAUUAGACACCCAAACAGAGAAAUACAGCAAAAGGGAAGACAAAAAGGGGGGGACGAAUCAGAGUCUGAUGUUAACGAGCUCCUGUCUUCCUGGAAAAAAAAACUGAAGAAAAAAGCAGGAGAAAGUGACCCAUGAACAGAAAAACAUUCAAGUGUACUUCAUAUUUAAAGAGACAAGACAGAGUCCACCCAUAGGAAAAACCAAAUCAUUGCAUGGAACAUGGAAAAAAGUGUCACUAUGAACAAUGAAUAUAUUUCACCUGAAAAAGAUGUGAGAUGGAAAAAACAAUAUAAAUGUCUGGAAUCUGGAAACAGCUUCAGUCAGAGCAGUUCUCUCAGUUCCCAUCGAAGAACUCACACAGGAGAGAAGCCACAUAAAUGCAUAGAAUGUGGAAAGAGCUUUGGUGAUAGCAGUCAGCUCAGAAGACAUCUAAGAACUCACACAGGGGAGAAACCAUAUCAAUGCAUGGAUUGUGGAAGGAGAUUCAGUUACAGUGGCAACCUUAGUUCCCAUCAACGAACUCACACAAGGGAGAAACCAUAUAAAUGCAUGGAUUGUGGAAAGAGCUUCAGUUACAGCAGCAGCUUUAGUUGUCAUCAAAGAACUCACACAGGGGAGAAACUAUAUCAAUGCAUGGAAUGCAGAAAGACCUUCAAGUGCAACCGUAACCUUAUUUUACAUCUAAGAAUUCACACAGGGGAGAAACCAUAUAAAUGCAUGGAAUGUGGAAACACCUUCAGUCAGAGCAGUGCUCUCAGUUCACAUCAAAGAACUCACACAGGGGAGAAACCAUAUAAAUGUAUGGAUUGUGGAAGGAGAUUCAGUUACAGUGGCAGCCUUAGAUCCCAUCUAAGAACUCACACAGGGGAGAAACCAUAUAAAUGCAUGGAAUGUGGGAAGAGUUUCAGUAUCAGCAGUACCCUUCAUUUACAUCAAAGAAUUCACACAGGGGAGAAACCAUAUAAAUGCAUCGAAUGUGGAAAGAGCUUUGGUAAUAGCAGUAGACUCAGAACACAUCAAAGAAUUCACACAGAUGAGAAACCAUAUAAAUGCAUGGAAUGUGGAAAGACCUUCAAGCAAAAAAGUACCUUUCAUUUACAUCAAAUAAUUCAUACAGGGGAGAAACCAUAUAAAUGCAUCGAAUGUGGGAAGAGCUUUGGUAAUAGCAAUAGACUCAGAAGACAUCAAAGAAUUCACACAGAUGAGAAACCAUAUCAAUGCAUGGAAUGUGGAAAGACCUUCAAGCAAAAAAGUACCUUUCAUUUACAUCAAAUAAUUCAUACAGGGGAGAAACCAUAUAAAUGCAUUGAAUGUGGAAAGAACUUCAGUGAAAACAGUACCCUUUGUUUACAUCAACAAACUCACACAGGACUGAAACCGUAUAAAUGCAUGGAAUGUGGAAAGAGCUUUGGUAAUAGCAGUGGACUCAGAACACAUCAAACAAUUCACUCAGGGGAGAAACCAUAUAAAUGCAUGGAAUGUGGAAGGAGCUUCAGACAGGGCAGCAACCUUAGUUCCCAUCAAAGAACUCAUACAGGGGAGAAACCAUAUAAAUGCAUGGAAUGUGGAAACACCUUCAGUCAGAGCAGUACCCUUAGUUCACAUCAAAAAACUCACACAGGAGAGAAACCAUAUAAAUGCAUGGGAUGUGGGAAGAGUUUCAUUAACAACAGUAGUCUUAGUUCCCAUCAAAGAAUUCACACAGGGGAGAAACCACAUAAAUGCAUUGAAUGUGGAAAGAGCUUCAGUCGAAGCAGUACCCUUCGUUUACAUCAAAGAACUCACACAGGGGAGAAACCAUAUAAAUGCAUGGAAUGUGGGAAGAGCUUCAGUAGCAACAGUAGCCUUCGUUUACAUCAAAGAAUUCACACAGGGGAGAAACCAUAUAUAUGCAUGGAAUGUGGAAAGAGCUUCAGUGACAGCAGUAAUCUCAGUAAACAUCAAAGAACUCACAUCUUGUAUAGAAACCUUGUAAAUGCAUAGAAUACAGUCAAGCUUCACUCAGAACUGUCACCUAAGUUUAUAUUUAAAAAUUGAAACAGGAAAUCAUCUUACUUCAUUUGAGAGAGGAGAUCCAGGCAAAAAACAUAAGUGACUUGGAAUCUGGAAGAGCUUCGGUGACAGGAGCAGUGUUACUUCACAUCAAAGAACUGGCAUUUAAAUGAAGGGAAUCUUCAUUCACAAAGAUAGCCAUUAGUGAAUUUGUUAAUGCAAGAAUGCAGAAAAUUCAGCAGAGUUAGCAGAAUAAAGUCCAGUCCAGGCAGUCCAAAAGAAUCACACACACGCAGGCAGCUUCACCAACACCAGUGUGUAUUUAUAGGCUAUAUACAGCAGUGCAGUCUGGCAACAUAACAGCAUAACACUCAUCAGAACAGGAGGAAGUACAUCUAUGGUAAUAGUGAUAAUUUUAUGAAACAUCAGAAGCACAACUGUUUUCUUUCCCUCAGUGGAAGAUGCCAAUCUCUAAAUAUAUGGAAUAUGGGAUGGCUUUGGGUGAAGGAAAAAAAUUUAAUCAAAAGAAUAAUAUGAGAUAGAAUCUCAGUUGAUUUAUGCUAAUAUGACCUUCCCUUUCCUCUUUCAAGGGAAGCCAAACUUUUAAUCUAGAUGGGAAAUAUGUGAUCUUCUGUUUGAGAGGUGACACCUUCUGGCACAGAAUUAUUUUUUUGAAAAAGGAAGAAAGAGAAAAUAUUUCUGAAAAUCUAUCUUAGUUAUUUAAAAAUAGAUGUUAGGACAAUAAGCUUGUAUAUCUGGAGUCACUGUCUUCAUUAAAAAAUGGUGGAAUUCCUGUUCAGCUCAGUUUAAUUCACGACAGGGUUUACACCCAAGGAGUCUCACUGCAGAAGUACCUUGUGGUGAACUAUACAAUUUGAUUGCCCAAUGAGCUGGCCCCAAACUGCACACCAAACACCCAGUUGAAUUUGCUGCUGUGCCCAUGGCACUGCCUCUUGGAUAUGACUUUUAUUUCUGUUCAACUCACUACAGCUCCAAGUUCUGCAGGCCUGGCUAUACAACAGGAUUUGGACCUGUGAAUGGGUGAAUCGCCCGCCUCAGUGAUAAUUAGACAACAGGGAGUAGGAUUAGUACUAAAGCUGAGAUGCAGAAAUUGGUUGAAGAGAAUGAUCUAAAACAUGUCCAUCACUGAGAGGUCUGAUUGGACACGAGGCAAAGCGAGUUAGAGGCAGAAAAAGUGAGAAAUGGCCACUUACAGUGGUGGCUCGCAUAGCGAUCGCUCCGUUGAGCGAUGAAAUCGCUUAGUG